GAGCGGCGGAGGCGGGAGCUGUGAUCUGAGGGGAGCAUGAGCGGGCGCCCCGGCAGCGGCGGCCCGGUAACGGCGGCAGGUAUAGCUUAGUGUUAUGGAUGAUACCAAAGAAGCUAAAAUGCAGAUAACACCAGAAACUCCAGGACGAGUCACAAUCCUGAAUCCUUUUGAAAGUCCCAGUGAUUAUUAUACUCUUCAGGAGCAGAUUGUCUCCAGUCCUUCAGUCUUUAAAUCAACAAAAUCCUCAUCUACACCAGGAAAAUUUAGAUGGUCUAUUGAUCAGCUUGCUCUAAUAAAUCCUGUGGAAAUUGACUCGGAAGAUGUUCGACGCCAAGCCAUGUAUUUGAGUCAUGCUAGGAUUGAUAAGGAGACAGAAGACAGAAGGCAACAAGCCAUUGAGGAGUUUUUCACAAAAAGACUCAUAGUUCCUUCUCCUUGGACUGAACAUGAAGGCAAGCAAGUUUCUCAGUUCAAUUCAACUAAAUCCAUAGAUCUAAAUAACAUUUCUCCAAUUGGAAGACAGCUUACUUUGCAGCCUGGGAAAAGCAAUGCUGCUUGUCAGACAGUACUGUCUUUGCCAGUGGAUUUUAAUUUAGAGAAAAUACUAGGUGAAUAUUUUAGACCUGAUGAAUUUGCAGAUCAGUCUCAGGAAAAUCUCAGUUCUUCAUCACUCAGAAGAAAGCUGUUUUUAGAAGAAAAUGGAAGCGUAUCUGAGUGUUUGUCCCCUUCUCUGCAUAGCCCAUGCAGUAGCGGGAGUGCACUUGGAGUGCUUUGUUCAAUAGACAUAUCUCCAGUCCGGUGCAGAAGCCCUCUGGAGACAUCUAGUUCAGGUCAGUUUUCAUCAAGUCCUAUUCAGGGAGGAGCAAGGGCUUAUAGUCUGGGAAGUAUAACCAGUCCCACGUUUCCAGAGGGGUCUCCUGCACAUAAUGGUUCUCCUACUUUUUCACCAAUUGCUUUUCACAUAAGGAAGACACCGCUCUCAGACCAAAGAAAAUUUACAUUUCGCUCUCCAGAUAUUCCUUCUGCCUCAAAUAGAAUGACACCUCCAAGUACAAGAAGCCCUUACAUAGAUGGUUGUUCUCCAAUUAAAAAUUGUUCUCCUAUGAGGCUUGGAGCUUGUAGAGGAACUGCCCAGUAUCAGACUUCUGUCAUUAGAAUACCAAUUGCAGUUGAGAAUCGUGGUGAGGAUGAGGAAGACAAGGAAAAUGCUUCUCCAGCAGAAGCUCGCUUCACAGAAAUGGAUAGUAGAAUAAACUUACGUCAGCCAGACGGUGACACUUUCGCACAUGGUACACAUCUCGUGGUAGCGACUGUGUCUAUUGCACCAGAUCACUCAGAAGCUUGUCAUCAAAGGCUGUCAUCCUUUCAGGAUAUAGAAGGCUCAAAGGAAAAUAAUACUGUAGAUAUGGCUGAUGCAGCUGAAGUGUCAGAGGAAAACACUUGGAUAAAAGAAACAAUUGGCAAUAGCAACGCACCAAUGACCAGCUUUAUGACGGGGAUUACUUUCAGUAUUGAAAGCUCUCGCAUGUGCAUGUCACCUCUUGCAGAAAGCAGCGCAAUUCCUUGUGACAACAGUAGUAUUCAGGUGGACAGUGGUUAUAAUACACAGACUUGUGGAAGCAGCAUUAUGGAUACUGCAGGGGCUGAAACCAAUUGCAGAGAAAAUGAUGUGAAUACUAACGUGUUUCAGAAUAAAUCUCAGCUUCUUAGAACAAAGGAGUGUUCAGUGUUAAACCACAAGGACAAUCAGUUGCUGAGAGCAAAAUCUCCAGAGAAGCAAUCCUGUUUCCAAAAAGCAGAAGCACAUAGUACAGUAUUUGGUCAAAACGCAACUUGCAACAUUGCUACCUGGAAACAUAAAAACGAAAAUCAAGUUCAGGGAUUUCACAAAAAUGGUAUGUAGCGUUCUGUUGGAGAACUUAAAUUGUCUUGUCUAAUAAAUCUUUGUAUAGGUGACCUCAAUUACCUGGAUUAUACAUACUGUCUUGCUUUUUUUAAUGCAAAUGUAAUAAAUUGUCUCGUGUAUUUUAAGGAAGUUUAUAAAUAAUGUGGGAGUGUUCAGGACUUAUUAACAGAUUUAUCAGUAUCAUUAAGUGAUCUUUUGAGAAUGAAGGCGGCUAGACUUGGUACAGAAAAAACAUAGUGUUUUUUCAGAAUUGUGUGCCGUCUGUGAUCAGGGUAGAUUCCAUGAGGAGGCUUGUUUUGAAAGUUUGGCUCUAACUUCAGCUUCAAGAGGAAUAUUUUACACAGAGGAAGCAAACCUAGGCAACUUGCAUAGGAGCUAACGUAACUGCAAAAACACCUACGUUUUAAGACACAACUCCUAAAAGCACGAGGGAAAGAGAAAGGAAAGGAAUGUUAGUUUCGAUUUGGAUUGCUUCCCCCCCCCGCCCCCCAUCAGUUUUGUUGUGUACCUUCAGGAGUAUUAGCACUGGUCCCAAGAAGACUAGGCAGAAAUGAACUGCCGGGGGUGCGGGGAAGCCGGAGCGGGGUGAGUGUCUGUCAGUAUCAGUGAUGAAACUCUCUGACUUUCACAAGGGAAGAAUAAAACUAUAGUAUUCCAGAAAUGGGUCCCUGGAAUACGCGUGUGAUUUAUAGUAGACUGCAAACUGUUAAAAAUGGGUGCUUAAUACCAGGCUAGUCCUUUUAGUUAAGUUUUCCUGGUGAACAGCUGCCAUGAAAACUCCAUUCCAGUUAUGAAAAUUAUCUACUGUUCCACAAUUAAAAAAAAAAAAGUAAAAAAAGUUUAAUUCUCUUAGUAAUAAAGUAAGCUAUAGGUCAGAAGAAGCCUUUUAGCAAUUCUUUGAUCAGUUUUUUCCUUGGUUUGACAGAAAUCAAGGAAAAGGAGAAGUGAUGGAAACGUCUUAAUAGGAAAAUAGAAUCUCUUCCCCCUGAACAACUCCUAAAACUUUAUAUACUGAAGCAAGAUGUGCUAUUGGUUACUUUAAAAUUAAAUGAUAGUGUUGUGACUUUAGUAAUUGUAUUAGUACUAAUGUUGAUCACCCGACUCCACCAGUGUUUCCUAAGAGCACUUGUGUCCAAAUUGAUGCUCCGGUCCUCUUUUGAAGGAAUGUAAGAAGGUGCAAUAAGGUUAAUUGGUCUCAGGACAUCAUUAAGAGAAUGGUGCAGCCUUCCUUCUAUUAAACCAUUACAAUUUUACUUCCCUCUUAUGUUUAAUUCCGAAUACUAUUAUGUCUGCUUACAGGAAUUGCCCGAGUACUUAGAUAAACAUUUAGAAAUAUAAUUUUUUGCAUGCCACUUACUGAGAAAAGUAUUAAUAUAAACAAACUCUUGAUACUUUCAAGAAAACCAUCCAUGAGCAAAAGCAAUGGAAUGAGGAGAGUCUGGAAACCCAGAACUCCCUGUGCCUGAUCAAAACCAGAUUUGGUUAAAUUUGAUGGGAUUUGUUUAAAAGAACCCAUGCGGUAAUAACGGUCACUAAAGGGGAAAGAAGAGAUAAGGGAAAGACUGAGAUUUCAAGAGCUCUGGGUUUGUAGAGCUCCGAAGUAAACUUUGUUGGAUUAACGGAAAAUAAAAGUCUGUUCCAGUACGUGCUCCAGUGGAAGCAGGCUUUCGCCCCUUUCAUAGCACAGAUAUCCAGCCCCAGGAUACGCCAUGGAAGUUCUGCUGCCUGUUCUGUUUCCCCCACGCACAGAAAGGCUCGUACCAAAGCGAUAGCCUGUGGCUGAUGAGUAGCUGUUGGCACUAAGCCUGAAAGAGUUGGUCCGAC